AUGUUCCCUUUGUGGAAUACAGGAACACGGAGCAGCUGGGAAGGCUUGCUGGGACCCAUCCUGCCCUCUCAGAUAACUGCAGUAACAUCACUCUCUGCUCCUGGAGUGACCCUACUUACUGGAAACUGGAAGAAGCAAAGAGCAACAGAUAAGAUUUUGGAAUUGAAGAAGCCAUCCUGCACCAACGCCUUGGUGCUCCACCGUGAUCCGAACCCAAAGGCUAAGGCUGAGGAUGAGCCUUUUAAAGUCAGUAUGGAUGAGGACAGCUCGCUCAAAGACAAGCGGCCAGUAGCAUCCACGCCUAUACCUGGGUCACCAUGGUGUGUAGUAUGGACAGGUGAUGACAGGGUGUUUUUCUUCAAUCCCACCAUGCAUUUGUCAGUAUGGGAGAAACCAGUGGAUCUGAAAGACCGUGGAGACCUCAAUCGAAUCAUCGAGGACCCGCCACAUAAACGCAAGAAAGACUCUUUAGACGAUGGCUCAAAUGCUGACGAUGAUGACAAUGAUGAAGAGGAAGGUAGUUCAAAGAACAAGCGCUACAAACUGGACCAUCCUGCUGAGUGUGAAGGAAGAAACGGCUCAUCUCUUCAGAUGGUUGUACCGCUGGAGCUCCGGAUCGGCCACUUCAGAGACAUGCUUCUGGAAAGAGGGGUGUCUGCAUUCUCCACCUGGGAGAAAGAAUUGCACAAAAUUGUAUUUGAUCCACGUUACCUGCUGCUGAGUCCAGAAGAACGAAAGCAGAUUUAUGAUCAGUUUGUCAAAGCAAGAAUGAAAGAGGAGCACAAGGAGAAAAAGUGCAAACUCCAGCAAGCGAAAGAAGAGUACAGAAAACUGCUUGAGGAAUCAAAAAUCACAUCCAGGUCGAAAUUCAAAGAGUUUUCAGAAAAGUAUGGAAACGAUCCACGGUUUAAACUGGUACUGAAGAGGAAAGACCAGGAGCUGUUUUUCACCCAGUUCAUUGGCACGUUAAAGAAGCGGGACAAGGAGAACAGAAUUCGUCUGAGGAAGAUGAGAUGAGUCCAAACCAAAAGGGCAGUUUGCUUUUCAAUGACUGACUUUCAAACAAAUGGAACCAUACAGAACCAGCAGAAUCUGAGCAGGGGUUUGGGAAUGAAAUCUGUAUAUGAAUCUGUUUCAUAUUGAAGCUAGUAUUCCCUGAUUUGAGUAUAACGAGGUUACUAAAUCGCAACACACAAAGACAGACUUUGACUCACUGGAAGUAUCUAAAGCCAUUGACCUGUGCACACAGGUGGACAAUGAUUUUUUCUAAUAAUUGUAAAUAAGUGUUGACUUGC